UCUUCCUCCUACAACUCCAGAACGUGGCAGCUAACCCAGGAACCACUACCUUCUUCCAGACGCGUGUUUCUGGUUCCGUCACUGCCAAUGGCACCUGGGCUAUAAAUGGAGUCCCGCUAACCAAUCAACCUGGCAAGUAUGACAUACUGGUCAACGGAGCCUUUCGACAGCUCUUCAUCACCAACCUCGCCACCUCAGAUGCAGGAACCGUUACAUUCACUGUCAAUGGAGAGGUGACAUCAGCCCAACUCACUGUUUUAACAGCUAUUCUCACUGGGUUAACCGGCCAGACAGUCAAUACUGGAAGUCAGGUCACCCUCGUGGCCACCCUCUCCCAGAGUAACAUCCAAACAGGACAGUGGUAUAAGAACGGAGCAAUAUUGGCGCUGAACUCUCGCAUACAGGCGUCAGUGAAUGGGCAGUCUCAGAUUCUGAGCAUCUCAAAUGUCCAGACAUCUGAUGGGGCAACGUACGAGUACAGGCUCAAUGGACAAUCUACAAGUGCAGUCCUCACAGUUAAUGUUCCAAUAGGUCCGAUUGUCAAUGGUGGUUUUUCGCAAUGGUCCAACUGGACAGGCCUACCAUGUGGCGUUGCUUGUGAAACACGAACGGAUGUGCUACGGACUCGAACCAGGACCUGCACCAACCCACCUCCCAGUAAUGGAGGACUCAACUGUACUGGGUCUUUCGUGGAAGCUUUAUCUGCUUGUAAUGGGACAGUAAACGGAGGCUUUUCGAUGUGGUCUGCAUGGACCAACCCUUCCUGUGGCAUCACCUGUGGCUCCACGAACAGUGUCAUCAGGUCACGAACCAGAAGCUGCUCAAAGCCCGUCCCUAGAAAUGGUGGAUUGCAGUGCCUUGGAGACGUAGUACAAACCACUGUUAAGACAUGCAAUUUCACUGCUUGUCAAGUGAAUGGUGGGCUGACAGCCUGGACACAGUGGACCGAUCCUGCAUGCGUCAUCACAUGUGGACAAAGGUCUGACGUCAUGCGAACACGUACCAGGAGUUGCACCAAUCCUGCCCCCAGCAAUGGAGGACGUGACUGCACCGGUUCUCGAGUAGAGGUUCUGCAGAAAACGUGUUUCUUCUCCCCGUGUGUUGUGAACGGUGGCUUGACACCAUGGACCGAGUGGAGCGGACCCCCAUGCGUUUCUACCUGUGAACCCCAGAACGACGUUUUCAGGACCCGUACUAGAAGCUGCACCAAUCCUGCCCCUAGCAAUGGCGGACUGAACUGCACCGGGCCCUUCGUAGAAGUCAAAGCUUCUUGUGUCGAACCAGUCAAUGGAGGAUUCACCCAGUGGACUCAAUGGACCAACCCUCCCUGUGAUAUCACCUGUGGCUCGACCAACAGUGUUACAAGGUCAAGGACAAGAAGCUGCACGAACCCUGUCGCCACUAAUGGCGGCCAGCAGUGUUCCGGUGAUAUUAUUGAAACACUGGUCAAGACGUGUGUCUUUGCCGCGUGCCCAGUCAACGGUGGCCUGACCAACUGGACCCAGUGGACCAAUCCACCUUGCAGCAUCACCUGUGGAUCCAGGACUGACGUCACACGCACACGGACCAGGAGCUGUACCAACCCUCCUCCCAGCAACGGCGGACAAGCCUGCACUGGACCUUUCCUGGAGGUCGAACCAAGAACCUGCAACUUUUCUGCUUGCGUUGUGAAUGGUGGUUUCACACUUUGGACUGAGUGGACCAACCCGCCAUGUGGCAUCACCUGUGGGAAUAGAACCGAGAUACGAACCCGUACCAGAAGCUGCACCAACCCCGCCCCCAGCAAUGGAGGGCUACCAUGCAGUGGUCCUAUCAUAGACAUUUUGGCAAAGAAAUGUGACUUCUCACCUUGUGUCGUACCCGUUAAUGGAGGAUUCACCGAGUGGACUCAAUGGACCAACCCUCCCUGUGGUAUCACCUGUGGCUCCACCAACAGCGUUGUCAGGUCACGAACCAGAAGCUGCACGAAUCCUGUAGCAAGUAAUGGCGGACAAUCUUGUACUGGAAACAGAGUUGAAACAUUGUCUCAGCCAUGUGUCUUUAAUGCUUGUCGGGCCCCAGUGAACGGUGGACUGACCCUAUGGACACAGUGGACAAACCCAGGGUGUGGCAUCACGUGUGGCGAGGGAUCGCCGGUCAUCAGGACCCGACACCGGACCUGCACCAACCCUGCUCCAGCCAAUGGAGGUCAAUCCUGCACUGGACCAUUCGUUCAAACUUUAUCCCAGAAUUGUUCAUUCCCAGCCUGUGCUGUAAAUGGAGGAUUCACCCAAUGGAGUCAGUGGACCAACCCUGCCUGUGGCAUCACCUGUGGCUCCACCAACAGUGUUACAAGGUCACGGUUCAGAAGCUGCACGAACCCAGUAGCAAGUAAUGGCGGACAAUCCUGUACUGGAGACAGAGUCCAGACGUUGAUUCAGACCUGUGUCUUUACUCCCUGUCCAGUGAACGGAGGCCUCACUCAAUGGACCCAGUGGACCAAUCCACCUUGUGGUAUAUUUUGUGGAACAAGAUCCGAUAUCCUGCGGACACGAAGCAGAACCUGCAGCAACCCUGCUCCCAGCAAUGGCGGACUCGGGUGUAAUGGACCUUUUGUGGAGACUACACAGAAUACAUGUGCUUUCGCCCCUUGUGUUGUGAAUGGAGGAUUCACCCAGUGGACCCAGUGGACCAACCCUACCUGUGGCAUCACCUGUGGUUCAGCCAAUAGCCUUGUCCAGUCUAGGUCCAGAAGCUGCACCAACCCUGUUCCCAGUCAUGGCGGUCAAGGAUGUUCUGGAGACAGAGUACAGACGUUGGCCCAGACAUGUGUCUUCAGUUCUUGUCCAGUGAAUGGUAACCUGACACAGUGGUCGCAGUGGACCAAUCCAGUAUGUGGAAUCACUUGUGGAACGAGAACUAAUAUCUCACGUACCAGAACGAGGACCUGCACCAACCCCGCCCCUAGCUUUGGCGGCGCUACAUGCACGGAUAGUUUACAGGAGGUCCAACCAAAGAAUUGCUCUUUCUCGCCAUGUCCUGUGAAUGGCGGAUUCACCCAGUGGACUCAAUGGACCACACCUUCCUGUGGCAUCACCUGUGGCUCCUCCAACAGCGUUGUCAGGUCCCGAACCAGAAGCUGCACGAAUCCUGCACCCGCUAAUGGCGGACAACAGUGUAUCGGAAACACACUUGAAACAUUGAGUUCCCAGUGUACCUUAAGUGUACCUUGUCCAGUGAAUGGAGGCCUGAGCCUGUGGACUGAGUGGACCAACCCACCUUGCAACAGUUCUUGUGUAAUACGAACAAGGACCAGAAGCUGUUCCAACCCACCCCCCAGCAACGGAGGACUCAACUGUGUUGGAGCUAUCCUCGGGGUGGCGAGGAAGACGUGUACCAACGUCCCUUGUCUCGUUCCAGUAAAUGGCGGUUUCACUGCAUGGACCGCGUGGACAGGACCUCCGUGUAGCGUCACGUGCGGAACCGGCCCUGGCGUGACCAGGAGUAGGUCAAGGACGUGUACAAACCCUGCUCCAAGCAACGGAGGUGCUGACUGUUUCGGAGACGUACUACAAACAAUAUCGACGCCAUGCAACUUCGCAGAAUGUGGAGGUCUGUGCACAUCUUUGACGUAUCGAAACGGCAUCGGCUACCGCUACCACCCCACCGACUGCGACAAGUACAUCCAGUGUUACAACAACCCCAAUGGCAACGUUGUUGCUAUGUACAGGAGAUGUCCGUUUGGGAAAUUCUGGAACCAAGUCACAUUCCAAUGUGAUGAUUCCUGGAGGGCUGUAUGUCCUCACGACAAGUGUAAGGACAACAGCACUGCCAACUUCAACCUCCUGGGCAGCUGCCGCGCCUACUGGGAGUGCGACACCAACUUCGUGGCCGUGCCCCGGUGCUGCGGCGUGGGCUACAGCUACGUUGAUCGCCAAGGCUGCAUGCCCAACGUCUUCUGUCAGGAUCUGUGUCCCACUGCUUGUGAAGACAAAGACCUCUGCGACAAGCGACCAGACUGGACCUCCAACCCAGCCACCUACAACAUGUCUGUCGGCGUUCUUGGCUGGGUACCCACCUCGUGUGCUAGCGGAACCUACUUCGACAUCACCAACUGCGGGUGCAGUGCCGUCAACCAAUUCUGCUCGGCCUCCAACGCUGUCACCUUCACCGCGGGAAGUAGCUUAACGUCCGCCCUAACGUCAUGGCUUCAACUCUCUAACGUUGACGUUACCAACGGCAUCGCAAACUUCAACGGCAGCAGUCGGCUGGAGGCCAACAUCACCAUGCCAGCUGCAUCCAGCGCCAAUCCUUUGAUUGUCCGUUUCCGGUAUCGAGAAUCUGGCGCUGUUUUCGGUCGUCGGGUACUGGUCAGCACAAGUGGUUGCAGGAAUGGCAGCAGUUUGGUCAUUGCCGUCGACAGUUACACCAUGACCUUUGAGCUGAAGUCUUGGUACGACUGGACGGUCAAGCUACCAGUGUCCAUGGCGGGCUUCUCACGUGGGGACUGGAAGACAGUGACCUUCAUGUAUGCGGGCUAUGACAUGCUGGCUGUGGUGGAGAGCGAAACGCUCAAGUAUGCUGCCAAGGUUCAUGCUCCACAAUCAACCAUAAUGAGGUGUGGGUUGACUUUCGGAUCGGACAGCAAGACCGAUGCUACCAACAACUUUAUUGGACAGCUUGACGAGAUGUCGCUGUACCAGUGUAACCCCGGUAACCUGUAUUAAUAGAUGCUAUGGCGAACUGAAAACAGACAAUCAACAGAUCAGCUUUAUAUUCGGUCAACAGAACGUCAAGUUAAUUACAAUCAACAGAACAGUAGUUCUGUAGGAUCAACAGAGUUUUAUAUCAUUUACAAUCAACAUUUCUUCGCGUUAAGUACAGUCAACAGAACCUCAAGCUAAAACAUUCAACAGAAUGUCAAAUUAUAUAAGAUCAACAGAGACUCACGUUUAAAAUAGUCAACAUAACGUCAUGUUAUUUACAAUCAAUGGAACGUCCGUUAUAUACGACCAGCAGAGCCACACAUUAUUUACGAUCAAUAGAACGCCUAGUUAUAAACAAUCGACAGAGCUUUACGUUAUUUACAAUCAACAGAACGUCAAGUUCUACACGACCAACAGAGCUUUACAUUGUUUACAAUUAACAGAACGUCGCGUUAUAUACAACAGAGCAGAGCCUGACGUUAUUUACACUCAACAGGACGUCGCGUUAUAAACGACGAACAGAGCCUGACAUUGUUUACAAUUAACAGAACGUCGCGUUAUAUACAACGAGCAGAGCCUGACGUUAUUUACACUCAACAGAACGUCGCGUUAUAUACAACGAACAGAGCCUGACGUUAUUUACACUCAACAGAACGUCGCGUUAUAAACGACGAACAGAGCCAGACGUUGUUUACAAUCAACAGAACGUCACGUCAUAAGCUAUCAACAGAACGUGACGUUAGAUUCAACACUAUCUAUACAAUAAAAUCGGAUGUAGUCAUCAAAUGACUUGGGACGUUAUAGACAGACACCGUGAGUUUUUCAAUAACUUAUCCAAUUGAGAAGUAAGUGUGGGGCAAUGUUACGUACGUGCCAAAAACAAUAACCGCCUCGAUUUCAUUCCGAAAAUACAACUUGAUCUUCUGUCAAUGUAUCAAUUACGUUCCCGGCAUGGUACUAGUAACGGCUAAAUAUAGAACAAACAAGAGAUGGUUAUCGCGGCAUUAUUGAAGUAAUAUAGUUACCUUGUAGAACAUGAAGGCUUAUGAUUGUAAUCAUCUGCACAAUACUCACAAAGAUGGCGUGAUACUAGUACUUUAUUGGGGAGUUUCCAUACUGUCCUCUUUAUGGGUUCGUGGUGACUCACACUGGACCAAAGUAAAUGCCGAGGACAUUUAACAAGGCAAAUAUGAAAAUACCAGUUUCAUGAAACCUUCGUGAUCUGACUAUUUGAAUUAUAUAUUUCGAAAUGCUACCGGUCAGGAAGGAGCUAAGAUUGUUAUAAGAAAUCAGGAACCCAAAGAUAAGGAAGUGUGACGUCAGCAGUCUCUUGUCCUGUGGUAUCAAGUUAAAGGAUGCAAUAACGGUAAUCCCACAGGUGUCAAAACAGGGUGCGAUUUACUGGGUUUUUUUCAGUAUCUGCACCGAGUGCAACUUGGCCUAUAGGUUUGUCUCCACCAUCAAAAUUUCGGUUGUGCCAUAGAAUAAUGUUACUGGUUCUAAAAGGUAACAUACAUACUUGUCUAGCAAUUUUAAUAACACGUACUCAGUAUCUGAUACAUUCAACAAAACCUGGUCCCAUGAUGAUAAAUGAUGAAUGAUUGUUUCA